GCGCCUCCAGGAAUGGGGCUCCACAGCUUCUCUGGGCAGCCUGUGCCAUGGCCUCACUGCCCUCUGGGUAAAGAAUUUCCUCCUAAUAUCUGACCUAAUCUCCCUUCUUUUAGUUAAAAGCCAUCCCCCCAGUCCUAUCACCAUCAGAUCACGUAAAAAGUUGGUCCCCUCCUGCUAAUAAGCUCCCCUCAUGUACUGGAAGGCCACAGUGAGGUCUCCCUGUAGACUUCUCUUCUCCAGGCUGAACUAAGCCCAACUCCCCCAGCCUGCCUUCAUAGGAAGGGUGCUUAAUUUUGUCUCUCCAGCCUGCCAGCCAGCCAUGUUCUGUGUCUGAGCACACAUCCAGUGAUCCACCUGGCAAAUGGAGAGUUCUCCAGCUAAUUUUUAUUUUAGAAACAUUAAUAGGCUUAUAUAAAUAUACAUAUUCUUAAUUCGAUCUAUAUAAGAAACAGGGUAACUUAAUUCACAAACAUCCCUCCUCUCUCGGUAGAAACUGAAGUCUCAGCUGUCACUCUGGAAAUUAAAUUCUACCAGUCAUACAGUUAAACUCCACCGAACACAAACGAGCCAUUCGCCGCCUCAGCACCAAGCAGACAAGGAAGCUGCCGUAGGUCCAACGCACACCCAAGCUUUUAACCCCACAAACGGUCCGCUUAACAUUGCGUCACUGCUACACGCCGGACUGAGAGAAAAGUCGUGCAAGAAGAUGCUUUUUAAUUUGAAGAACUUUUGCCAUAUUACAAAAUUAACACGGAACAGCAAGCAUCUGCCACGACAUUUUUGCCGUGGGCCAUCAGAUCAAUUGAAUGUUUGUCUGAAAGGUCGUGACUUCCUUACUCUACAGAACUACACAGCAGAUGAACUGAAGUAUUUGCUAUGGGUGGCCUCAGAUUUGAAACAAAGGAUAAAGGACAAAGGAGAGUAUUUGCCCCUGAUGCAAGGAAAAUCUUUGGCCAUGAUUUUUGAGAAGAGAAGCACAAGAACAAGAUUAUCUGCAGAAACAGGAUUUGCUCUCCUUGGAGGACAUCCUUCCUUCCUUACAAUACAAGACAUUCACCUGGGCACUAAUGAGAGUCUCACAGAUACAGCAAGGGUGCUGUCCAGCAUGACAAAUGCAAUCUUGGCUCGAGUUUAUAAGCAUAAUGAUCUAGACCUAAUGACGAAAGAAGCCACGAUCCCAAUAAUCAAUGGAUUGUCUGAUUUAUACCAUCCUCUCCAGAUUUUAGCUGAUUACCUAACUCUUCAGGAGCACUAUGGUGGUCUGAAUGGGCUCACCAUCACCUGGAUUGGGGACGGAAACAAUGUCCUCCACUCCAUCAUGACAAGUGCCGCAAAGCUGGGAAUGCAUCUCCGCAUUGCAACUCCCAAGGGGUUUGAACCAGACCUCAGAAUAACAAAAAUAACUGAGCAGUACUCCAAAGAGUAUGGUACCAAGUUGCUUCUCACCACAGAUCCUUUGGAAGCUGCAAACGGUGCCAACGUCUUAGUUACAGAUACAUGGAUAAGCAUGGGACAAGAAGAGGAAAAGACAAGAAGACUAAAAGCAUUUCAAGGUUAUCAGAUUACGAUGCAGACUGUGAAAUCUGCUGCUUCCAAUUGGACAUUUUUACAUUGUUUACCAAGAAAACCUGAAGAAGUUGAUGAUGAAGUAUUUUAUUCUCCAAGAUCACUGGUUUUCCAGGAGGCAGAAAACAGAAAAUGGACAAUUAUGGCCGUCAUGGUUUCCCUGCUGACAGAUUACUCACCACAGCUACAAAAGCCUACAUUUUGAUGCUUGGACCCCGGCCAAGAAAAAAAUAUUCCUCACUGGCAGAAUAUUCUGGUCCGCAUAUACAUCGAUCUUCUUCAGAAAGGAUCGAGGCAAUGAAUGAUUCUUUAAUAAAAUUGUAGGGCUGGCUUUGCUGAAGUGUGCACUGUUGCAUUACAUUUGUGAAAAUGUUUGAGGCAAUAAACUCCACUGCAAAUGUCACCUCUCAUCUGGAGUCUCUCGGAUACCUUUUCAGUGAUCAGCACCACUGAAAGUUUUUUGGGUUCCACUUUAAUGAUUGGCUCUGCCAGCAUCAUAGGCAUAUUGUACACUUCUUUUAGAUGUGCUGGAGCUAGCAUUGUGUAAUAUGAAAGACAUAAACUCCUGAAACCUUUCCACAUGAUUGCUGAUCAGUGGGAGGGUGCACAGACCAGCAGUGCUUUACUGUUGCCUUGACUACCUACACUUCUUGGGUGCUUUGGCUCCUGUUUCUGUCCUCCAGCCAGCCUCCAAAUCUCUCUGCUGUUUGGCACUGAAAACAUACAAACCCCAUGAGCAUCACCUUCCUCUGUGACAUUCCUGUGGGCUAGCACAGGAGGAUACUGCUGCAGCAUUGGAGCAGAGCAGGUUCCACACAGUUGGAUGUGGCAGAGAAAAAUGACUGGAAGGAAUUGUAGCGAGGUGGUGUUGGCCUCUUCUCCCAGGUAACGGUGAUAGGAUGAGAGGGAAUGGCCUCAAGUUGUGC